AAGCUUUGUCAGUUUAGUUCCUUCACAACCAAUAUCCUGCUUUGAGCUUCUACAGAAGAGCAAAGGCAGGCACCACCAUGGUAAAGUUUCUGCUGCUGGCUUUGGCAUUUGGUCUGGCUCAUGCUCAUUCUGAGAUUGAUGGAAAGUGGGUUACCGUUGCCAUUGCUGCUGACAAUGUGAACAAGAUAGAGGAAGGAGGAUCUCUGAGAAUCUACCUUCGUGAACUUACUUGUACUGAGGCAUGUAAUAGAUUGGAAGUCACAUUUUAUAUCAAGGCAAAUGGUCAAUGUACAAAGACUAAAGUUGUUGGGAAUAGGCAAGAAGAUGGCAAGUACAGAGCACAGUUUGAAGGUGAUAAUACAUUUGGACCUGUGUAUGCAACACCAGAGUUUACAAUCUUUGCCAAUCAUAAUGUGGAUAGAACUGGCCAGACUACAAAUGUGAUUUAUGUUUAUGGAAAAGGUCAUCCUUUGACUCCUGAACAAUAUGAAAAAAUUGAGGAAUUUGCUAAGAUCUGGAACAUUCCAAGAGAAAACAUUCAAGAUGUUCGGGCUACAGAUAUUUGUCCUAAAUAAUUACCUUCAGUAGAUGACUACAGGAUGAGAAUUAUGCAUCAUAUUCUCUUGACCAUGGAAUCAGUAUCACAUACAAAUCACCAUUUCUUUAUAAAUGAAUUUCCCCUUACCUAUGAAGUUUAGAUAAAAUAUAAAAAAUUGUUGACUUGCCUUUUCUUUCUGUUUUUAUGAUCUAUGAUCUCUUUUUACUUUUUGAAUGAUUAAAUAAAACAUUUCAAAAAGCAAUAAAGAUGUUUUGUAAAGUAUCUCUUCCAAAAACAUGUGUAUGCUCACUAAACUAAUCAAAAUAAACACUCUGGAGUAACAGCUGA